UUUCCAGGUCUGUGGUUUCCGACUCGUGGGAGGACCUGCGUGGUACCCAGCCCCACACAUGACUUAAUGAAUAAGGAAAUGCCAGUGCAGAAGAGGACCCAGCAUGACUACUAACCUAUGACUCCUAACAGUAUGACAGAAAAUGGCCUUCCAGCCUGGGACAAACACAAGCCCCGUCCAGAGCGUGGACAGGACUGGAAGCUCGUAGGGAUGUCCGAAGCCUGCCUGCACAGGAAGAGCCAUGCGGAGAGGCGCGGAGCACUGAAGAAUGAGCAAACAUCCCCACACCUCAUCCAGGCCACUUGGACGAGUUCUAUAUUCCAUCUGGAUCCGGAUGAUGUGAAUGAUCAGAGCGUUUCAAGUGCGCAGACCUUCCAGACCGAAGAGAAGAAAUGUAAAGGGUAUAUCCCCAGCUAUUUAGACAAGGAUGAACUGUGUGUAGUGUGUGGAGACAAAGCCACAGGGUACCACUACCGCUGCAUCACCUGUGAAGGCUGCAAGGGUUUCUUUAGAAGAACCAUUCAGAAAAGUCUCCAUCCAUCUUAUUCCUGUAAAUAUGAAGGAAAAUGCGUCAUAGACAAAGUCACUCGCAACCAGUGCCAGGAAUGUCGCUUUAAGAAAUGCAUCUAUGUUGGCAUGGCAACAGACUUGGUGCUGGAUGACAGCAAGAGGCUAGCCAAGCGGAAGCUGAUAGAGGAGAACCGUGAGAAGAGGCGGCGGGAAGAGCUGCAGAAAUCAAUUGGGCACAAACCAGAGCCCACAGAUGAGGAAUGGGAGCUCAUCAAGACUGUCACUGAGGCCCAUGUGGCCACCAAUGCCCAGGGCAGCCACUGGAAGCAGAAGCGGAAAUUUCUGCCAGAAGACAUUGGACAAGCACCCAUCGUGAAUGCCCCAGAAGGUGGCAAGGUUGACCUGGAAGCCUUCAGCCAUUUUACAAAAAUCAUCACACCAGCAAUCACCAGAGUGGUGGAUUUUGCCAAAAAGUUGCCCAUGUUUUGUGAGCUGCCGUGUGAAGACCAGAUCAUCCUUCUCAAAGGUUGCUGCAUGGAGAUCAUGUCCCUUCGAGCCGCUGUGCGCUACGACCCAGAGAGCGAGACUCUAACCUUGAACGGGGAAAUGGCAGUGACACGAGGCCAGCUUAAAAAUGGGGGUCUUGGGGUGGUGUCAGAUGCCAUCUUUGACUUGGGCAUGUCUCUGUCAUCUUUCAACCUGGAUGACACGGAAGUUGCCCUGCUUCAGGCCGUCCUGCUGAUGUCUUCAGAUCGCCCAGGGCUGGCCUGUGUUGAGAGAAUCGAGAAAUACCAAGACAGUUUCCUGUUGGCCUUUGAACACUAUAUCAAUUACCGAAAGCACCAUGUGACACACUUUUGGCCCAAACUCCUGAUGAAGGUGACAGACCUGCGGAUGAUUGGAGCCUGCCAUGCCAGCCGUUUCCUCCACAUGAAGGUGGAGUGCCCCACGGAGCUCUUCCCGCCUCUGUUCUUGGAAGUAUUUGAAGACUAAAUGGACUGGACAGGUUCUUGUCAUUCCUGCAUCGCUACUGGAUGUCCUUUCAUUCCACCUCUAGCUCUUUUUGUUGUGGUUUCCUUGUUUCUUUGUGUUGGGUAGGAUCAUCAGGGGGUCAGUGGGUCAUCAAUGGCAUAGACUGGGAUGAAAUUGUCUCUUGAAUGUGGGUCUUUGUAACUGUU